UGGUUUAGAUACAACAAUAAUUCUCGAUUUGGAAUUGCUAAUAAAUAAUUGAGAAUGUCGAAGAACAGCAGUCAAAUGACCACAUCGGAUGGCUCCUGGCUGGGCUGGUUUCACAGUCUGCCCGUGAAUACCUUUCUGUGUCGUGUGCCCGACGAUUUUCUGAAGUAUUCUCUCAAUUUGACGGAUCUGGAGCCGCAGGUGCCCAAUUUCGAUCGUGCAUUGGAUAUCAUACUCGACACAGAAUUUGACAAAGAGUCCGGCUUCAAUUCAAUGGAAACGGAUGUCAAGGAAUCAACUCAUCUGUAUGGCCUGAUCCAUGCCCGAUAUUUACUCACUCCCGAUGGCAUCAAUGAUAUGUGCCUGAAAUAUAAGCGUGGCGAUUUCGGCAGUUGUCCUCGCAUCCAUUGCGAGGGGCAGUUUGUGCUGCCCGUGGGCCUGGCGGAUAACUUUGGGGAGUCGCGUGUGAAGGUUUAUUGUCCCCGCUGCCAGGAUGUGUAUCAGCCGUAUAAGUGUUGCACCAUGCUUGACGGUGCAAUAUUUGGAAGCAGUUUUCCGCACCUGUUCUUCAUGCAGUGGCCGCAGUUGCGUCCCCAGCCACCAACUAGGAAAUACACGCCUCGACUCUAUGGCUUUAAGUUGCACAAGUCGGCAUUGCUGCCGCCCCCAACGGAGUCUCCCAGCGACAACAACGAUAACUCAUCCAGUAAGGCAAAGGUUGGCACUCCACCAGCCCUGGAUCUCUCCAAGAAAGUCCCCCCACCAACACCGCUCAACUAAACUACACAUUAUAUGAAUCUAUUGAAACUAGUUCUCAAAUUAGUAGCUGCAACUGCAGCGAAUUGUUUUGCCAUCCACACACACUAAAUCUUAUAUAAAUCAUAACACCUGCCACACAUUCGAUUCUAAUAUCAACUUCCCAUACGCUAUACAAAGCUGAGACUGCACUUUGGGGGCAACAAAAUAGAUAAUAUUCUUAUUAUUUAAAAGCUUAAAUUAACUUACAAUAAAGUGCAGUAUCAGCUAUGGCCUCGUUGAGUGGACGAUUUAAUAUACUAGUCAACCAGUUUAUAUGUUUAAUCUAUUUCCAAUUUCAUAUAUCAAAUCUCAUUGACUACAACAUUUAAUGUACAUAAAUAAAAUAAGCACAGACUGAAUAAUGCUGCAAAGCAUAGGACCAGUUGUGGAUGGU